CUAUUGUUACGGCAAAAUUCGACUAGACAUAGUUAUACCGGCUAUAGACCCAGAUGUACUUUUGCCGAAUGUAUAAAUUCCUUGCUUUGGCUCCACAACGAGUCAUUCAAUUGCUGGAGUCAUAUUCUCGGAAUUCCAAUGGUACUCCUCUUUUUCCGUGAGGAGCUCGGCUUUUCAUUUAAUCCAGUAAUGCUAUUGUAUCUCUCCACUGCACUUUGUUUCGUGCUUGGGAGUAGCUUCGCUCACACAUUUUGCUGCUAUUAUAGACUUUCCCAUAACGCCUCAUUUGUGGUUGAUUACAUUGGCCUUACCAUUUUUUCAUGUGGCGCUGGCAUUGCAUAUGUGAAUUUUUCGUUUCCGCUAGAGUUGCGUGUGAAAAGUGGCCUGUUUGGUUUGUCUUUUCUCGAUACCUACUUGGUUUUCCUGUGCCUUUGCUCUGCCAUGUCGAUUUUUUUGUCCGUAUGGACUAGAACACUUAGGGAGAGUUUUCUGCGUAGUAUUCUCCGGGUAAGCGCCUUUGCUUCACCUGGAUUCUUUAUGUCUUUGCCUGUUUUAUACAAGCUGCUUGCUUGCUCCUUUGACAACAACAAUUACCCCGCCAACUAUUGUGAUUCGACUGCGCUGUGGUCUAAACAGUUUAUUGCCUCCAUAACUACAAUAUUUUUCUACGUUUCGCGUUUUCCAGAACGACUUUGUCCGGGAAAGUUUGAUUAUUUCGGGCACAGCCACAAUGUCUUUCAUGUUGGUGGACUGUUGGCUCUCUAUUACCAAAAGUCUGCUCUGUCACUUGAUGCUCGAUUCGCCAGGUCACACCAGUUUUCCACCCCUUCCAUGGAAUUGCCUGUCCUGUGUAUAUCAUUUUUAUUGCUUUCCAUAAUCUCGGCGUGUAUAUAUUUUCGGCGGCUCUUCGUCGUAAACAAUUCAAAGCCAUCUCACUGA